ACGCGGAGGGUUGGGCGGGAGGGAGGAGACGGCGGUGGCGGUCGGUCGGUCGGUCGCCGUUAGAUUCUCCACUGGGACGCGGGGCGGCGACGGCGGCUUCGCGGCCCACGGACUCCCGCCACCCUGGAGAUGGAAAGGAAGCGGUUCGAGUGCACGGCGCUCCCGUCCGGCUGGAAACGGGAGGAGGUGACUCGCAAGUCGGGGCUGUCGGCGGGCAAGAGCGACGUCUACUACUACAGGUUGCCAGUACAUCACGCACCAUUCCCUGGCCAAGAAGAGAGACAGGUGAUCUGCUACCAGGCCUCUGCCAAUGUAGCUCUUGAGCUGUCCACUAGGAGCCCAAGUGGAAAAAAGUUCAGAAGCAAGCCACAGCUUGCACGUUAUCUGGGGAACUCCAUGGAUCUAAGCAGCUUCGAUUUCCGAACCGGGAAAAUGCUCAUAAGCAAACUGAAUAAGAACAGACAGAGACUGCGCUUCGAUUCUGCCAACCAGGUCAAGGGCAAACCAGAUCUGAACACUUCACUCCCUGUUAGACAGACGGCAUCAAUUUUUAAGCAACCAGUCACUAAAGUUACCAACCAUCCCAACAACAAAGUAAAAAUGGAUCCACAGAAAGCUGUGGAGCAGCCACGGCAGUUAUUCUGGGAGAAGAAACUUACUGGAUUGAAUGCCUUUGAUAUUGCAGAAGAAAUUAUCAAGACUAUGGAUCUACCUAAAGGUUUACAAGGCGUAGGGCCAGGAUGCACAGAUGAAACGUUGCUGUCUGCUAUUGCAAGUGCUUUACAUACUAGUUCUAAUCCUAUCACCGGCCAACUCUCAGCAGCAGUGGAAAAGAAUCCUGGCGUGUGGUUGAAUACUUCUCAACCUCUCUGCAAAGCUUUCAUGGUCACUGACGAGGAUAUUAGGAAGCAGGAGGAACUUGUACAACAGGUGCGGAAGAAGUUGGAGGAGGCACUGAUGGCUGAUAUGCUGGCACAUGCUGAAGAAUCUGGAAAAGAGACCGAUUUAGUGCAAGAUAAAGAGGACGACUUAUAGCCAAGGUUGUUACUAGAAUCCAGUAUUUUUCAGGGAAGUGUGGACAAAGACCAGUGAAACUAUUCGCAAGAAUGAGAAUCAGUGAAUAGUUGAAUCAUUUUGGAAUUUCCACAAUCAAACUGGUUUAUCAUAUGUUUGAAGAACUACUUUUCCAGUUUUAAAGUGCUUUUUGUCAGAUGGAAACUCAUUUGUGAUGGGCAUGUAGACCAUUGCCAGUAAUCAUUUUUAAACUUGGUUUGUUUUUAUAUGCACAUUUUUUUAAAGCUAUGUAAAAUAUUGUAAAAAUUGAUAUGUGCACGUUGUCUCGUGGUAGGUAUCUUAUUGUUUGUGGUUUAAUCGUGAAAUAAGCAUACAUAAUCUUUAGUGACUAAAAGCACUAAAGAAUGACUCCAGUAUUUCUAGUUUUGUAUGUUACCAUUCUAGAACAUUGCCUCAUUAAAGCAUUAAGAAUGCUUUCUUCAAACCAGAAACUGCAUUCAUGCAUGUUCUGUGAAAAAUUGUUUUGAAAAUGUUUUAUAAUGCAUGUUUCCAGUUUCUCCCACCAUUGAUAAGUGUACAUUAUGUGUAGUGGAACUAAACUGUAAAAGCUGGAAUAGCAUGUCAAUAAAUUCUCAAUGUCGUA